UAAAGAAAAAAAGGACCGCUUUUCUCUAUGGAGCCGCAGCCGCAGCCGCCUAAAGGAAAUCUAAAUUAAAGGCAAAGAACCACCCCUUUCCCCCAAAACCCAGAUUUGCCUCUCUGCCCUAAUUCAAGUUCCCUCACCGAUACCCGACCCGAAGAAGGGUCUGAGAGCAUUUGGAGAUUGUGGCAGUGAUUGCCUUGGAACUUCAGGCUGUUGGCAUUCAAUUGCUUGUAUUCUGAUUUGAACAUUGUGAUUUAGAACAUGUCAAGUAAGAAAGAAGAGAAAGCUCAAGCUGCGGCUGAAAGGAUCAAGGCAGCAGCCUUGAGUGCUGCAAAAGGUCUUAGUCGAGCUCAGGCUGAAAGGGCAGCUGCUGCAGCUGCUCGGAAUGUUAAUGCUUAUGGGCAGAAGGAAGAAGGACCCAGCAGAUGGCAGGAGAAAAGGGAAGCCAAGAGACAGAUGUAUUUGAUGAGUACUGAAAAGGCUGUGAGAUUGGGUGAACGGAAAGACCUCAAGUCAAAUGUGUCUACCGUUGGUGGUGCAGCUUCACAAUGCCAGAAGUGUUACCAACCCGGGCAUUGGACAUAUGAAUGCAAGAAUGAACGCGUUUACAUCUCGAGACCGUCUAGGACCCAGCAACUCAAAAAUCCUAAACUGAAGAUGAAGGUUGAAAUAUCAUAUGAUUUGGACAGUCCAGAAAUUAAGGAAGAGAAGGAAGAAAAGCAGUCAAAGAAAAGCAAGAGGAAGCAUCGCUCAGCCUCUGAUUCCGGAAGUGAUAGCGAGGCUUCAGUUUUUGAGACUGAUAGUGGUGCAUCAUCAGUUACAGGAUCUGAAUAUUCUUCGGAGGAGAGUAGCUCAGAUUACAGCUCAUCUACUGACUCAGAGGAGGAGAGGAGGCACCGAAGGAAGAAGAAGAAGCAAAAGAUGGCAAGGCGUAGAAGAAGGUACAGCUCAUCAUCUGAAUCAACUGAUUCUGAGUCAGCUUCCGAAUCUGAUUCUGAUGAUAGGAGGAGCCGGAAGAAGAGCACGAGGCACGACAGAAAGCAUUAAACGAGGUGGUCGAGCAUAGUGGAGAGCAGUUGUGUAUUUGGUUCAACAUGUGUAAUGUUAAAUUAGGUUGUGUUUCUUUUCGCUCUGGAAUUCUUCUUCAAAAAAGUUGGUCAUACAGUGGAAGCCAGCUUUUUUGUUUGAAACUGAUGCAUAUUUAGUAUAAUAUCUUUGUGAGAGUGAGUUGAUUGUACAACUGGCUAUUGGCUUAUGCCCAAAUGAGUUUGUUUCAUAUCGGUUGAU